CUCGUUUCUUGUGGACAUUCUCGUGAAAAGCGCAUAGAAAUGGCGCUUCAAUUGCAAAUUGAGAAACUUAAAGGUCUUGACAAUUACAAGGCAUGGUCAAUGACAGUGCGAGCUUAUCUGGAGUCGGAGGAUCUCUGGAGUGUGGUCGAUACUGGACCAGAGAACAAUGAAGAGUCUUUGCUAAAGGAUAAGCGAGCCAAGUUUAUCAUACUUUGCCUAAUUGAGACGAAAUUAUGCCAAUUUAUGGUCAGUAUACGUACAGCAAGGGAUUUGUGGAACUAUUUGCGAACCCAGCAUUCGCUAAGAUAAAUGAACAGGAGAUUUCGAUCGACGAGAUACAUAUGUAUAUCCAAUAUUAUGUUUCGAAAAUGUCCAAGCAAAUACACAAGUAACUAAACCUUAUAA